ACAACACGAACAACAUCCUCAACCAACGGAACCAUCAGCCUCUAUCACUCACCACACAACACACCUACGAACACCGCCAACAUGACUGACGCCGGCCGCAAGGAUCUCUCCGACAAGAUCGGGGACAAGGUCACUCCAGACAACUCCAAGUCCACCCCCGACAAGGUCGGCGACGCUAUCACUGGCGCCGGCGACAAGGUCCAGCGUGACGCCGUCCCAGACUCCCACAAGUCCACCGGCCAGUCGGUCCAGGACAAGGCCAGCCGCGAGAAGGAUGCUCACAGUGAUGGUUCUUUCCUCGACAAGACCAAGGAGAAGUUGGGCCUUGGCAAGCACUAGGAGCAUUUUAAGGACAGGACACAUCUGAAGGAUCAUCAUCUGCAUCGACACCGAACUGAGUAGGUGGCCUGGGAUCGCGCAUCAUGACCUGCUGUAUGACAUGGAGUUUGGUUGAUGAUUGAUGGAUGGCAUGCCGAUACCACUGUGAUAAGAUAGUCGAUAUGAGAAUGGAAUGAGAAUUGGUCUCUG